GAUUUAAGUAAUUUGUUUCAAGUAAAGAUGUAUUUAAAAACACUUAAGAUACAAAUACAAUGUGCAUAGAAUUUAUGAUAAAAAUGCUGCUUUUACUUCACAUUUUGCAGGCAUUGAUGCAAAAUCCCGGAUAUUAUUAUGAAAUAAAAACUAUUAGUUAAAAUAUGGGAAGACAGGAAUUGGUCAGCCGAUUCCUAAAGAACCUCUGGUUCUUUAUCUCUUGUUUACUUUCCGAGUGGAGAGAAGAUAUCAAGAUUUAUUUUCGUAACAAAAGAAUCGAGGAAAAAAGCGAGAAAUCACUUGAUCCAUCCACAAGGAAGGGCAGAAUAUUACAGACGACUGGCGUUGAUUACCGAAGGCAGACAAUCAUGACGUCAGUAGCGGCUAUAAAGUCAUUCGCAAAGUCAGUUUUUGUUAUCGACAUGUCUCGUACUGCAGUUAUCGGGGGUGAUGCUCCAGAUACCAAAGUUAUUGAUUUCAAAACUAAAAAGCAAACAAGUGUAUUCAAAUACAUGAAGAAGGGAAGACCGCUCGUAUUGAACUUAGGAUCCUGUUCCUGACCUCCGUACAUGGCUGACAUGCUGUUUUUCAAAGACAUUGUCAGCAAAUACGGAGACAGAGCAGAUUUUGUUAAUAUUUAUAUCGAAGAAGCCCACCCAAUUGAUGGAUGGAAGAUGAAUAAAAACGAGUAUGCUUUGUAUCAACAUGUUUCCAUGGAUGAUCGUCUGAGAGCUGCAGGUGUAUUUCAAGAAAAUAUCGACCUAGAUUGUCCGUUACUCGUCGACGUGAUGGGGGAUGACACUAAUCGAGCUUACGGUGCUUUACCAGAAAGAUUGGCCAUUAUUCAGGAUGGUAGAGUCAAGUAUAUCAGCGGAAUUGGACCUUACAUGUAUAACAUGGAUGAGAUGGAAACGGCACUUGUAAAGAUAAUUGCGAGGAAAUAACUAUUGCUUAACAUGAAGUAUCGUUCGUUGUAUGGAAGUCAACUUAGUCAUCUGAUUCCGACAGAUUUGAAUAUUUGUUAUUUAUUUCCAUACCUAGGCUGAGCAAAAGAUGUAAUUACUUAUAUGCUCAAAAUGCCGUAUCAGCGGGAAAAUUCAAUCAUAUUUUAAUUCAAAUAAUUUAACUCAGCUUUCAGCCCGGGUAGCGAAUUCGAUAUGUAUGAAUCACAUUUAAAGUAAUUUGUACUGUCUGCUUGUCUAUCGACUUGGUUUGAACGUAUGCGGGACAUAAAAAAACUUACUUUGAACAAUUGGGGAACAUAAAAAUGGAUACAAAUAGGUUUGAAAUUAUAAGAUAUAUUAAUGUAAUUAUUAGCAACAAUCGACUCGAUAGUUGAUGCGUAGUCCCAUAGGAUAUAUCUAUACAUUAAUGUCGUUUUUGGAACGUGGCACACCAACACCCAUGGUCAACUUACUACCUAUUGCAUCCGAGACAACAGAAGCAGAUUUAUUCACGCAUAAGUGUGCAUGUUAAUGCAAAAUCAUUUGUCUUUUUUUGUAUAUGCGGCCUGGCAGCUGAUGAUGGAUCGUUUAAAACCAAAUGGAGAGAACGUGUCUUGAAUGUUAUGCCAGACUGCAAGAACAAAUGAGACAAAUGAAUCUUUAAACAUUCUUGUUGCGUUAUUUUAUUUUCUUCCUCGGGGAGGCAUCACAACGAUCGUGCAUCUGCUACAGAGCUGAUAUUGUUUAAGUUUUCCUGUCUUAUUGCGUAAUUGGAAAUAAAAGUGCUUGAAAUUGAUAUUGUUUAUAAUAUUAUACAAUAUCAAUACUACAAAAGUGUACAACAAAAUAGUA